AUGGGCACAUCAAAAAAGCUUUUCAUCACCUUGAUCCGCACGCACCACGUCACGAGCCGCAAGAAGCUACAGCGCGUGAAAAAGGCAGCUGCGCACUUCGACAUACCCUUCGUGCUGGUCCGCUACGGCGGCACUCCAGGCCUGAUGUACGCCGAGAGCGACCAGGCACCAAACUUGGGCGCCUGGGUGAGCGCUGUGAAGGAUCUGCGGUACAAGGAUUUCCAGUGCGUCUAUAAGCCUGAGAUGAGGGCUCUGAACCAGGACGGCCCGGCUGCUGCGACGAUGCCUGUGACUGCUGGGGCGUUUAAUGAGAUCGAGUCUGUUUCUUCGUUUGGGCAGGUCAUGGAGAGUAAGGGACUGGGCGAGUGGUUCAAGACUGGCCUGCUGAGCAAGCGGGCUGGACAAUUUGACGGGGAUGAGUGA